UAUUAGACGUCGGCAAUCGGUAACACAGCCAAAUCAAAAGACGAUAGACAGAGCAAAAUGUGUAGUACCCUGUAUUCCCCAACCUCAAUUCUGAGUUCUAUCCUAUAUUCUCACCCUAAUUUGUUAAAGAAAUCCUCCAAUUUUCAUUGUUCCUGCUUAUCUUCUUCCCCCAAUCCUCUUAACUCACAAGAUGAUGAAUCUUCCAUUAAUAGUGACCCUUUGAUUUUAGUGGAGAGAUAUAGCAAUGGUGCUGCCAAAAGGUAUGUUUUGAAUGGAGAAUCAAGUAAACAAACACUACUUGAGCAGCACAAUGAUAAUCAGCUCAACCCUGAUACUGCAGCUAACUUGAACUGGCUUCCUGUCAGCAUUAAAGAUUUCAUUUUGCCUGCAGGUUUCCCAGAAUCAGUAUCAGAUGAUUAUUUGGAGUACAUGUUAUGGCAGUUCCCUACCAACGUCACUGGAUGGAUCUGUCACGCCUUGGUUACUUCAAGCUUGCUUAAGGCAGUUGGUGUUGGUUUUAUCUCAGGAAGCACUGCUGCAGCAUCUGCGGCAGCAUCAGCAGCUGCAAUAAGAUGGGUGUCAAAGGAUGGCAUUGGAGCUGUUGGUCGACUAAUCAUUGGUGGACGAUUUGGGAAUUUGUUUGAUGAUGAUCCAAAACAGUGGCGAAUGUAUGCAGACUUCAUUGGCAGUGCAGGAAGCAUUUUUGAUCUAAGUACUCAGCUUUAUCCAGCAUAUUUCUUGCUACUUGCAUCCCUUGGAAAUCUUGCUAAGGCCAUCGCCAGAGGCUUGAAAGACCCUUCGUUCCAGGUGAUUCAAAACCACUUUGCAAUGUCGGGAAACCUUGGAGAUAUAUCAGCUAAGGAGGAAGUAUGGGAAGUUACUGCUCAACUUUUUGGACUUGGUAUAGGUAUACUCAUCCUAGAUACACCAGGCUUGGUGUCAUCAUACACUGCUUUGUUAUCUACUUGGACGAGCAUGCGUCUGCUCCACCUUUGGUUACGUUUCCAAUCCCUGUCAGUUCUGCAAUUUGAAACGAUUAAUCUUAAGCGUGCUCGUAUAUUGGUGAAAGCAAAUGUAAUACAUUCCAAAGCGCUUGGACGCAUUGACUGCAACAGGGAAGAAAACAUAUUAACAUGGGAGCGGUUCCUGAGUCCUCGAAUCAUCUUUGGUGUUCCUUUUAGUGAGGUGAUUGCUGCUGAGAGGUCAUCAUCAAUGGUGAAGAAGAUAUUUAAACUUUACACUAACAAAAAAUAUGUCCUUACAAUAGAUCAAUGGCAAAAGCGAGAUUUUGAGGUUUUAGUAUCUUUUAAGGUGGGUGCUACAAGCUUAUCAGUCUUGCAAAGUGUAUGGCAAGCUUAUUGGCUCUAUGAACAUUGGGAUGAUUCUAUUGAUGUUAGUAGAGCAUUGGAGGAAAGCUUGAUUAAUUUGGAGUGCAGAUUUGACAACUUCAUGGAACUGCUUAAGGAGGCAGGCUGGAACACACAGAAACUUAAUCUAAAUGUACCCAAGGAACCCUUCAUUGAGUUUGAUGACAGCCAGAACCGUUGAUUAAUGGGAAAGUUGAAGCAAAUGCACUGAAUAUUCUCAGUUGUUCAUUUAUAUACCAGACACCAUUAAAAGGUGGCUAUGCAACAUCAUAGAAGUGAAUAAAUCACAACAGCAUCGGGCUAACACUUCCUUCGCAAAAAAACUUGGCCAGGAGAUUUGUUGACACUUCUAUGAGAGCGGAAUUGAUCACAAGUGUUGGCGACAAAGGGAGUUCUGAAGUCCAUCAAAUGAGACUAUUAGAUCCCUUGAUUGAAAUUUUCUGUUAGAACCUGACUGUAAUUGUCACUUCUUCCUUAAAGAAAAGGGUUGAUAUAAAGCAAUAAUUACUCACUCCAGUCUCUUUUAUGAACUAACUUAUUUCUUUGGCUGCCCUAUUUAGGUGACGCUUAGCCCAGCAAGGUGCCCCUAUCUUGUAUAUUGGUUGUAUUUUGUAUAUUGACGACUAGCACACCAAUUUUAUGAAUAUUAAAUGCUCUUGGUGGGCCCC